GUUUUUGCAUCUAUCUCUAUUUCUCUCACAUGCAUACACAAACAUUAAUGGAGGAAGGAAACCCUGCUUCGCCGGUGGCUCUUAUUGUUGGGGUCACCGGCAUGGUGGGUAUUGCCUUAACAGAAGCCUUAAAGAAGCCAACAGCAUUAGGUGGUCCGUGGACAGUCUAUGGUGUAUCACGGCGGUCAUUACCACCGUGGUUCCCAUCCUCUCUUCUUAACAAUUACCUCAUUCUGGACACCCUAAAACAAGAAGACACACAAAAACUCCUCUCUCCACUUUCCUCCAAAGUCACUCAUCUCUUUUGGGUUGCUAUAAGCGUCAAUGAAAGUGAAGAAGUUAACAUUUCCCUUAACUCUACUAUGCUUUCCAAUGUCCUUAACGCGUUAACUUCCUCUCAAGACUCAAAACUCAAGCAUGUCACAUUGCAAACAGGAACAAAACAAUAUAUGGGUCCUGUUUUUGACCCUUCCCUUUCAGCUCAACUUGUUCCUCAUGAUCCUCCAUUUAGAGAGGAUUACCCUAGAAUACCAUUUCCAAACUUCUACUAUGCUUUGGAAGACAUUGUAGCUUCCUACCCAGAAUCCUUUACAUACUCCAUACAUCGAUCAUCCAUAAUCAUUGGUGCAUCAUCAAGAAGUUUCUUUAAUGAACUUCUCACGCUUUCAGUUUAUGCACUAAUAUGCAAACACGAAAACCAUCCAUUCAGGUAUUUUGGUAAUAAGUACUGCUGGGAACACUUUUGGGAUGCGAGUGAUGCUAGGGUGCUAGCCGAGCAGCAAAUAUGGGCUGCGGUGACAGACAAAGCUAAGAAUCAAGCUUUUAACUGCACUAAUGGUGAUGUGUUUACAUGGAAACAGCUAUGGAGAGUGCUUUGUGAUGUGUUUGAUGUUAAGUUUGUAACAUUCGAUGAGAACGACGAGUUUGAUUUUGUUGAUUACAUGAAGGAUAAAGGAGAAGUUUGGGACAGAAUUGUUGAAGAAAAUGGAUUGUACAAGACAAAGCUGGAGGAGAUAACUUGCGUCGAUGCAUCUAAUGCAAUUUUAAAGUUUGAGUUUCAACAUGUUUGUAGCAUGAACAAGAGUCGAGAAUUUGGGUUUGUUGGGUUUGAAAAUACACUUGCUAGCAUCGUGGUAUGGGUUGAGAGGUUGAAGCAAAUGAAUAUUCUUCCAUAGGUAUUGCAUAGACGGUAGAUCAUUUUUAUUUGCUUGAAUAAAUACGCUAAUUAUGGGCCAUGUGUAAUUACUUUAUUUCCAAGUUGUUACAAACAAAUACAGUACUACUGAU